UUUUGAGCCAGAGCCACCGAAGAGCGUCCUAGAGCGAUGGAGCUGUGGCGCUGGGUCCAGGCCAAUCCCCUGGUCCACGUGGUGAGCCGGCGGCUUCCCACGUCGCCGGGCUUCCCGCAGGGUCUCGUCUUGCACGACGUGGCGCUGACGCGGAGCCGGCUGAAGAAUCGAUCUGAGGACACGCUCUUUGCGGAGGACGCCUCAUUACGCCGGUGCUUGCGUCGCGGGCUGAGCUUUCUGGAGAGUGGGACUGGCGGCAUCAGCGUGGUGCGAAGAGGGCUGCCCAAGUUCUUCGAUCUGGAGAGUGGGACCUUGGAGGCGCGGACCACGCCCGGAUCCACGCUGCUCAUGGAGAGCCUUCGAGCAGCCGAAGGUGCGAGUUCCCUCGCGGUGACCAGGUUGGAAAAGGCCAACGGCGAGAAUGCCCAAGUCUCCUACCAUGCGGACUCAGCAAAGUGGGUCCUUUGCUCGAAGAACGUGUCCCUCUUGGCCAGCACCGCCUCAGAGCUUCAGCUGCCGCAGUGGCAGGACCGCAGGUAUCGCUUCGCACGCCAGAUCGGAGCGGUAUGGUUCCUGCAGCUGUCCAAGUUAGAAGACUCCUCACAGCUGUGUUUGCGGGAGACUUUGUCAUCUGCAACCCUCAUCGGUGAGAUGGUGGGUGGCAGUGGCGCACACUUGGUACAGUAUGGGCCAGAGCGCCAGCUACGUUGGUUUGCCAUGGUCCCACACGAAGGGGAUGAGGCUUGCUGGUCGCCUUCGCGAAGCCAAGCUUUCUUUAAAGCGAUGGGUCUACCCACCGUGGACUUUGCCGCCUCUCCCCCGCUGCGCGCGGCCAAGGGCGAAGCGCUGCUGGCGCAGCUGGCGCCGCUGGCGGCCGCCGUGGAGGCGGCGCCGGUGGCGGACGCUGGGGAGGGCGCCGUGAUCUACGUGACGGCGACGCCCAAGGAGGCUGAGGAAGAGAAGGUCAUCCACCUGGGCAAGCUGAAGACAGCAGAGUAUCGACUCCUGCGGCGGAUGCGCGACAGGGCGAAGCAGUUCGCUCGAAGUGCAGGAUGCGUGCUGGUUGAGGAGGUCCAAGAGGACUUUGAACGCGAAGCACGUUACAAUGCGCAUGUCUCAGAGGAAGUGGUGAAGAACCAUUCACUUGGACUGGGUAAGCUGUGCCGUCUGAUCUUCGCCGAGGAUUUGCCACCCGAGGAGGUGGAUGAACACUUCCUGGACCUGCUGAGCCGCGCGAGGGAGAGCGAUGAGGGUGCCGCCGUGCCUCGUGGGCCACGAAAGCCAGCGCCACUGCUGUGCGUGGUGGCGCCACCUUUUCAAUUGAAAGCAGAGACCUGUCAGCUUUUGCAAAUCCAGCUGGAGAAGCGAGAGCUGAGUCACAGCGGUGCAGCAGGUGUCACAGAGCAGAGCAGUCAGCUCACAGGGCAGGUCUCACUGCCGGAAGCCUUGCAUAGAGAGAACUUAGCAGCAGCCUGGCAUAGUUCUACGGCAUCACACGCGAAGGUGUACCUCAACCAGAUCCCCGCCCAGCUUGAGACCCUUCUCUUCGCCCCACCCAGCGGCGGUUCCGCCGCGCUGAAGCGGCGCCGCGCUGACGUCGAGCGCCGCGCGUCGAGCGACCUGCGGGUGGCCGAUGCCGUGAGCCAGCGGUGUGUGUUCCUCUUCUGCGGCUGGGACGAUGUCCUAGCCACCUCGCUGGAUGCUUCGGCCUCCGCUCAGCUGCCAGGGUCGCCCUUGGAACGCCGAUUGAGGAAGCGCCGGCGGGUCACAGACGGCGCAGCUGCCCGGGUGUUCUUUGGAAAGCUGCAGGCACAAGCCCAUCGCCUCAAGAACAUGCUGCCUUCCUCCCAGACAUUUUGGUGGCCCUCCACUUCAGUCAUCUCCACAUCCCACAUGUCCAGCGUGGCCAGCGCAGUGGAAGCGGCCUGGGGCCGCCUGGACGCUCCGCGUGAGCGUGCCGCGGACGCGGCGCGGCGUGCCCGGACGCCCACACUUGUGGCCGUGAUUCCGGUGGCACUGCCGGGAAUGGGAAAGAGCUCCUUGCUGGAAGGCAUCUUUCAGCGGUGUCAGGCAUCAGGUGUGAAGUGCUAUCGGCAGGGGAGGCCGGCCUCGACCAGCUCGGAGACCAGUUCGGUCGGGCCACUUCCCAGCUCGGUGGCCCUCGUGUCGAGUGAUGGCUUCACUGGGGAGGAACUCAAGUCCAUGGGCCUGACUGCCAACGAGUGCUCCUCGCAGGACGUGGCCCGUGCCCGCAAACGUGCCAGCGAGCGCUAUCGGGUGGCGGUGGAAGAGUUCGUGGCGGCGGCCACGGCAGAGGGGCCACAUUUGCUGCUGCUGGACAAGAACCACCCACCGUCGGGCAUCCGUCAAGAGGUGGAGGCGCUUCAGGUCACCUGCCAGAGUUUCGGCUGCCGCCUGCUGCCGAAGGUCUUGGCCAUCGAAGGGGCCGAUGCUCCGGCGAUGUCGGAGGUGGAAGUGGAGCUGUUGGGUGCUGAGGAGCGCCACUUCGGCGAUUGGAACUACCCCUGGAGCCUGGACGUCCUGGCGGAGUGUGCUGCCCGGCUGCUGAAGCGCCCGCAACACGAGACCCUGACGGGAAGUGAGACGCCCCUCUUCGUCCUGUUGAGCUUCCUUCAGCUCCACCAGCGCUUCAACUCCGCCAACUUGAAGUUUCCAGUCCUUCAGGUGCCCUACGUCUCGACCUGUGCCAACUUGGCCUCCUUUGCGGGGAGCACGGAGGAAUGGAUGUGGUGCCGGCUGGAAGUGCGCGCCUUGUUGAGGCAAACCUUGGACCUGAUGCGUAAGCCCUUCGAGAACCAGCAGCAGCUCCGACCAUUGCUCCAGUCCCUGGUGACACAACUGCGUGCGCCGGGACUGCGCUCCGUGGACCCAGGGGUGCAGAGGCAGCACCAGGAGCGAUGCCUAGACGCGCUUUGGCCGGAGCUGCUGGUCGAGGAGGAGCAGUCCAUGACUACACCGGGCUUCUCUGCUCCCGCCCUCCGCUACGUGGCGCUGGAUGUCCAUGCCCAUCAUCCCCUUUUGGAGUCGCUCCUGGAGAAGACCUCCGCCGCGCUGCACGCGGUGGCCGACCUCCGCUCCGACGGCGACGAGCUCAGCGAGCUCUUCGCGUCCUUCCGGCGCCCGGCGGCGCAGCACGUGACCACGUGCUACCUGGGCGGGGCGGCGGAGGCGGCGCAGUGGCGGAAGGUGGUGGCGGAGUCGAAGGCGUUGGUUUUGGAGGGGAAAGCCUUUGAUUUGCGCAUCACACAUUUAGUCGGAGCACCAGGCGAGGUCCGAGCGGAUGUGCAGUUGAUCGGCGGGAACCGGAGCUGUUGAAAAACCUCACUGCGAAACGGAGUCAUUAAGGGAUGGAAGUGGUCAUGGAAGUGCGGGAUGGGGUUGGACUUGGAGCGUGGAAUUAAUUGCAUAGUUGUUGAGUUUGUGGCUCAAAGGUGUUCGAACUCCACAGAUCUUUGUUGAUUCUGCAUGCCUUUCAGUAGAGGUGUGGAGCUCAUCGAACUAGGCAUGGCUGUCUGGCCAUGUGUCUGAAGUGUUUCAGCGUGGCCAUGACAAACACCCAGCUGGCAGCUUGAAGGUCAAGUAUGGUGAUUGGUGGCACCAGAUGACAUCAGCUCCACAAUUCGCAAAAUGAGCGCCGUCAAAAAGGGUGGAUAUCCCAAGCCAAAUGAAAAGAAAGAGAAGAGAAAGGAUGAGAAGAUGCGCUCCUACGAGAGCAACUUGGUAAAGGGACCAAAAAGGCCCGAUUGAGGUCAAGUCUAUGGCUUUAAGUAUCCAACUGACGCUAAUCAAGUGAAGCGUUUUGUUCAGAAGGUGCGUGCUGACUAUGGAGAAAAGAGGUCCAUUGAGGGCUCGGAAUAGGCGAAGCGGAGGACCGUGGCGAAGCACGGCCAAGCGGCGGAAAAGGCUGUGGCUGAAAUCCGUGAGGACCAAAUUCCUCGUGGAAGACGCCAAAGGUGUGCUUCCAAACCCUUGAGAUGGUGUAUAUAUAGCAUUACAUAGCCAAGUGCUCCUGACCCCCUGGCGCCUCGAUCUAGACACCAACGACACCAACCUUCAAUGGUGUAAUAAGAAUAUUUUAAGGUAUAGUGAUGUGUGAGAUGCUAAGGCAGCUAACUAAACCAUUUGGAUUGAAAAUGUGGCUGCUGAAGCAGUAACUCAAUUUAUGACCAGUGAGGAAGCCACAACUUUUUGUAGCAAGCGUCAGUAUGUAAAGCAUGCACUCCGACUUCACCUGCUCAGUCAUUUAAGUGCAUUUUAGUGCAACGGUGUGGAUUUUCCGCGAGCCUUUGGAAAAAGACGUGCUUGUCUUGUCAAUGAUUUAACUGAUGCCAGUCGAACCAGUUGCCACUGUGUGCGAUCGUGGUUUGCCACUUUGAUUGUCGGGGGUGCCCGCUGUUGACGCUGGUGAAGAGGGCGGGCACCGAUUCUCGACCUGUCUUUUAUACACUAG